CACCGCCCCCGUCUCCGAUCGGCCUGGGCCCGGCGCAGGCGGCUCGGGGCCGGCGGCGGGCGGGGAGAGCGCGGUGCGCGCCAUGGCGCUGGGCUCGGCCUGGAAGCAGAUGUCGUGGCUGUACUACCAGUACCUGCUGGUCACCGCGCUCUACAUGCUGGAGCCUUGGGAGCGCACCGUCUUCAAUUCAAUGCUAGUUUCCAUUGUUGGAAUGGCACUGUACACGGGUUAUGUGUUCAUGCCUCAGCACAUCAUGGCGAUAUUGCACUACUUUGAAAUUGUGCAGUGAUGAAGAAUGUAUGUUGAAGAAGUAAUCAUGCUCUGAAAUCUGGUCGACAAAGAAGAUUGAACCUCUUAGUUUUAACGAGACUUCUACCAAUGUCCAAAAAGGAAAGACACAGUGAUGAUUCUGACGACUAGGAAAUGAGAUAUGUAGAGCUGGGGCACGAGAUGUCCCCUAUGUUGUGUUAAUUCCUUUUGAUUUUACAAGAUAUGCCCUUGUAUAGUAGUUUUGUCUACCUUAACAUUGUGAUUGUACUUUGAUAUCAGUAUUUUCUUAACUUUGUGACAGUUUCGAUAUUGCACUGUGAAAGCUUUUCUUAAUUGUAAUUUUGAGUAAAUCUUAAUUGCCUUCUAUUUUUAAUCAGAAAAUCAUCUAAUUAAAUGGGGCUUAAAGCUUUUGCUAUUGUAUGGUAUGUAUUUGCCUGGGUAUUUCUAUCAAUGCAUUUUUGUAAGAAAAUACAUCUAGAUUCAUAUUAGAGACAUGGAUAUAUUCGUCUAACACUAUUUACACAAAUUAGUUUGUAUUACUGAACUCAGGUGUACUGUUUUCUUGUUCAAACUUUGUUCAACAGUAUAUUUGUGCGUAUCACCUGAAUUUGGAAUUAGCAAUUAUUUCGAGUUUCUGUGCUCUGUAUGUUGGAGGAGAGUGAGAGAGAGAAAGCGCUGUAACAGUGAAGGCUGCAUUCUUUAUGUUUGAAGAAGUGCUGUGGUUAUGGUCUUUUCAUAGUGGGAACAAAAGCACUUUGCUGACAUAGGCCCACAUAAAGCUUUGGGAUAGUACUUUAAAUCAACACUUUUUCUAACAACCGAUUAAAUUGUACUUUUACAUAA